CAAGCGUUUGGUUUGUAAAUCUGAUAACUAGAUCACUAGAACAUGGAAACUUCUCGAACAGGAGCAUGUCGAGUCAGCAUAAACAUCGGACAGGCAGAAAAUGCAGCCUCGGCAGCCUACACGUUCCUCCUCCGUAAUCCCAGUUCGGAUGACGUCCUGUCCAUGCUAGCAGUAUAUCGAUACGAGAACUACAUCUUCGAUCACAUGAUCAUUGAUAUGGAGGAGCGACCUUAUAUGAAACACCGAAGGGAAGGAGAGGUAGCCUAUCGACAAGGUAAAUGGACUGAUGUUGUGAAACAUUUUGAAGCUGCACUGAAGGAGUACUACAUAGAAAGCGAGAGAUGUCAAGCUCAGUGUGACAUAGGCUACACCAGUACAUCAUCAGGACUUACACAGAUAUUAGUAGAUGGAAUAACAGACAUCCUUCAAUGUCAACGCGACUGUGAGGACACCUUAAGUCAACAGUAUGGCCAAACUUAUUCCGAUUAUCUCACGGAUCACUAUCUCUUCCUACAGGCAGCAUAUGCCAAAACUGAAGACUACACUCAGGCUAUCGAAGCGGCCAUUACAUACCUCGCAUUCAAGCCUGAAGAUCAACGGGUUCAGAAAUUCAGAAAUACUUACUUAAAGAAAUUUCCAAAGAGCGAUUCGGAAAUAACGCCUCGAAAGGAGGCUAUACGUUAUGUUGACUCAAGAAAACAUAUUGAAUAUUUACUCGAUGAGAUAUUAGGGAGUAACCACGAAAGAUCUAAAUACCGUGGUCAAGGAGGCGAAGGAGUGAUUUCACACAAUACUGAAGAAAACCAUUUCAUCAAAACUGAAUCGCGGGGUUUGGACGAUAGUGACUCCUUCUCAAGACUUGAGAGUUUGCAAUGGUUUAAUGUCACGCGUAAUUUGAAUAACCUACUUAAGACCUUGCGUGGUGACGUCACACUGACCGGAGAGUCAUUGAAGCAUGAUAAGCGUGUAGUGAUGGACGAUAUCUUUACAAAGGAGGAGUGUGAAGAAGUCAUGCGCAUAUCACAGAACGGAGUUAAAAACGCCGGUUAUUACGACUACUUUCCUACAGCUGUCAGACCCAACUUCGCCAAAGAAUUAUUCACGGGUAUCGACAUAAUGGACUGCUGGAAUCUAGUGCUUCAGAAACAGCUCAAAGAAAGUGAUGUUGAUCUCCUCAUCAAGUUAUCAGAAAAAACCCGCCAACUUGUGAUUCGCUGGUUCAACGAGACACGUCCUAUCUAUCACGAUUACACCCAGUUUACCUGUAGAGAGGCUCUGGAAGGGAAACAGACGAACCGCACAAGCGAGGAUCUAAGCCAUCCUAUUCAUGGAGAUAGCUGCGAUUUCAAACCAGACGAAGGAGUGUGUUCUGUAAAAACUGCUGCAUAUCCAUGGCGAACAUACAGUGCCGUGCUGUAUUUCAACGAUAACUUUGAAGGUGGAAAGUUUUUCUUUGCCAAUGCAGACAAAUCCGAACAGGUAUCUAUAGUUCCAAAGUGUGGGCGAAUGGUGGCUUUUCCGAGUGACCAUCUCCACGGGGUCAAGGCCAUUACCAAGGGCAAACGAUGUGCUGCCACUGUCUGGUUUACAGCAUCGAAGAUCCAUAGCCGACACAGACCAACGUGGUCGGGCAUCAUCCAAUAAAUAUAUACCAUACAA